AGAGGUUCAGAGGCCAAUAUUUCCAUAGCCGCCAAUACAAGCACCCAGAUGGAUUUGAGGGGAAACGCAUCCUGGUGAUUGGAAUAGGAAACUCGGCCUCGGACAUUGCCGUUGAGCUGAGUAAGAAGGCUGCUCAGGUUUUUAUCAGCACCAGGCAUGGUUCCUGGGUUAUGAGCCGUAUCUCUGAAGAUGGCUAUCCUUGGGACAUGGUGUUCCACACCCGAUUUAACGCUAUGCUCCGAAACAUCCUGCCACGAACAGUUGUAAAAUGGAUGAUGGAACUACAGAUGAAUAAGUGGUUCAACCAUGAAAAUUAUGGUCUUGAGCCUCAAAACAAGUACCUUAUGAAAGAACCUGUAUUAAAUGAUGAUCUUCCAAGUCGUCUACUCUAUGGAGCCAUCAAGGUGAAACCAAGAGUGAAAGAGCUCACAGAAACUUCCGCCAUCUUUGAGGAUGAAACGGUGGAGAAAGACAUUGAUGUCAUUGUCUUUGCAACGGGAUAUACUUUCUCUUUUCCCUUCCUUGAAGAAUCACUUGUUAAAGUAGAGAAUAAUAUGGUCUCACUGUAUAAACACAUCUUCCCAUCUCACCUGGAGAAGUCAACCCUUGCAUGCAUUGGUCUCAUCCAGCCCCUAGGUUCCAUUUUCCCAACUGUCGAACUCCAAGCUCGUUGGGUGACAAGAGUUUUCAAAGGCUUGUGUAGCUUGCCCUCAGAGAGGACUAUGAUGGCGGAUAUUAUCAAGAGGAAUGAAAAAAGGAUUGACCUGUUUGGAGAAAGCCAGAGCCAGAUAUUGCAGACCAAUUAUGUCGACUAUUUGGAUGAGCUCGCCUUAGAGAUAGGUGCAAAGCCAGCCUUUGGCGCUCUCUUGUUAACAGACCUCAAACUGGCUGUGAAACUCUAUUUCGGACCCUGCAACUCCUAUCAGUAUCGCCUGGUUGGGCCGGGACGAUGGGAAGGAGCCAGGGGUGCCAUCCUCACCCAGAAGCAAAGGAUACUGAAGCCUUUGAAGACUCGUACUCUGAAGGUUUCAUCUCAUUUCCCAGUCUCUUUCCUGUUGAAAAUCCUGGGGAUCCUUGCUGUUGUUGUGGCAUUUUUCUUCCAGCUUCGAUGGUAUUAAUCUGUCAGCAGAAUGCUUUUGGCUUUAUUGCCUUGUCAGUCAAUACUUC